GUAGCCUAGUAGGAUGUGUUCAUUGAAGAUGGUGGCGCCGUGUCAGACUCACCCUGCUGCACAUUUGUAAGAAUUGAUUUAUACCUGUACACAUUCCCGGCACCGGCUUCGCCUGACUUCAGUCUCUUCAGUGACAUCCACUAGAGUGACCUGGUCCUCGGACCUGUGAGCUCUGCAGCCAUGCAGCCCCCUCCGCGGACUGGACCUCAAGGAGCCACCGGCCCUCCUCCGUCUGGGCCCAAUAUGUUCCGCAGGACCAGGCCUUACAAGCAUACAGCAGCAGCAGCUACUGCCACAAUGCCACCUGCGACUCAACCCAUGACAGACCCUUUUGCUUUUGUCAGAGCUCCCCCUCCUAUGGCUGCAGGGGGUCUCCCAACAGUACAGAGCAGUAACCCUCCACCCAUGCAAGCCCCACCUAACGCCAUGUACUCUCAAGCUGGUGGAGGUUUGCCUCCACAACCACAGACAUUGGAGGAUGUCCCGGCUGCUCCAUAUGGUCCCCCACCAUCCUCUGUGCCAGGGGUGACGCUGUUCAACCCUCACAGUACAGCAUCCCCUGUUGUUUUCCCAGUUCCAAGUCCUGCAGGAUAUGCAUCGUCGCAUACAGAGCAGAGCUAUUUUAAUUCAAGAGAACACACACCAUCCACAGCCACAGAGCCGCUGCCUGUCUUCUCAGCCCCAGCGCCAACUCAGACACAAUUUAACAUGGAUUUUCAAGGACAGCCAACUCCUCAGCCCGUGCCCUUCCAGCCAGUUCCUCCCACCACCUCCUCUUCCCACUGGGCCCCUGAUCAUGGAAGUCGCCCUCCAUCAGUUCAGAACUACUUCCAGCCUACAAGUGACCCUCCACCACAACCUUUUAAUAUACCUCCACAGCCCCAGAUGUACCCAUCCCAUGCCCCAUCGCCCCAUCAAAGCACCCCAACACCUCCACCACAACCUUUUAAUAUACCUCCACAGCCCCAGAUGUUCCCGUCCCAAGCCCCCUUGCCCCAUCAACACACCCCAACCCCUCCAUCACAACCUGUACAUCCCCACAUCCAGGCUCAUCUUCCUCCUCAGAACCUCGUAAGGCCCCCUAGUUCUCAAUGGCCUGACCCAAGCGCACCCCAGCAGCAUAAUUCACACUUCCAAUCUCAAAGCUACUUUUCCCCCCAAGACUCUUGGUUCAACCAACCCACACAGGAUUCAGGCUACCACCAAAUGGGGACUGGCUCUGGCCAUUCUCAGCCCACACCUGACGCUGGUGGAUCUCAACAUGUGGCCAGUUUUGAGCCUGGGCCUAGUUCUGCCCCUCCCCCAGUACCAUACUCUCAGGAGUCUGGUUCACUCUCAAUGUUCUUCAAAGACAAUGAUGUGGAAAAUGAGGAAACACUGGCUGGAGACAGAAAUAAGGUAGUGAAUGGUAUUCCUGCUUCCUUUCAGUAUCACAACAGCCCACCAACCCAAAGUGGCCACACAGAUGCCCCUAUGGAUUAUCAAGGAGCUUCUCUUCAGGAUCAUUCACAUGUACCGUACAUGAAUGAUGGCAGUCAUGCAUCACAGAGGCCCCCGGAUUCUCACUACGACCAUAUGGAGAAUUUAGAGUGUGUUCCGAAUCAGGAAGUAUUACCCAGUGAAACUCAUGGUAGUCCUGCUGCUACUGCAGUGCUUAAUGUUGACCAGUUCGAAACCGGGCCUAACCUGGAGACUCCAGAUUCUGUUCCAAGACCAAUGAGAUCUGCCAGUGUGUCAUCCAACUACAGCAAUAUGAGUCAUGGAAGCGGGACUGGCACUCGCCGGCACCAUGGAGUAGUAGGUACCUUUAUUCAGCAGGAAAGCCCUCGUCUCACUGAUGAUGGUAACCUGACUGCUGCCACUGGAGGUUACUUUGAGCAGAUUGACACUUCUCCGGCUGUGGAUAUGGGUGCGAGACAGAGCUCACUGGAGCAGAUGUGGCAACCCACACCAAGCCCUCCCAAACCAACUGGCAUCUUUCAGGCAAGUGCUAACAGCUCUUUUGAACCUGUUCGCUCCCAUGGUGUUGGGGUGCGUCCUGCUGAAGUUGAUAUGGCUAAUAUUGUAGCAGAGGGAGGUGCAGAUUCUACACCAGGCAACCUGGAGCAGCCACCAGAUAAUAUGGAAAAUAUUUAUGGCCCAGGACAUCCCUUGCCUCCUGGGACUGGAGUAGGUGUACCUCCCCCGACACACCCAGUGGUUCUUUCUCACUCGCGACCUUCAUCACGUGCUUAUGGGGCGAGUCAGCCCUGUGAGAGCCCUGCCACUACUCUGUGGGCACAGCAUGAUCCUGCUAGCUUGGGUGCUAACAUCCUUUUAGCCCCUGCCGCCCCAAUGGUUCUUGCUCCUUUACGAGAGCCCAGUGCUGAUGUUAUCCAACCUCCAGAGGAUGGUCCCCUGGACCUCCACCGAGUUCAGCCAACCUCACAGCAGCACUCAGAGAACCUAGAGAACCCUCCAAAGGUGAGUGACGCAGAGUCAGCUGACUCUCAAGGCAACAUGGGAUAUGCGUCUCUCCUGGUGGCUGAUUCACUCCACCAACCUGUUUUGAUUGCUCCGCCUGUGUCCAAUUAUAGUGUGAUUUCCCCCAGUACCCCGACUCACGCAGCCAGUCAAAGUAGCCUUAGGGAAACUACCCCACCUGUGAGAUCACUCGCACAGGGGCAAGGUGCCAGUACCCCCCAAUCACUUUUAGUAGCCUUCAAUCCAAAUCCACUGUUUGCCCCUGGACCAGUAAGCUACAAUUCUUCAGCCUCUAACCAGGGUCCACUCAAUUUGACCCGAGACAACACAGAGGCAGCAACAUCAGAAAUCACAGCUCCGCCACUGUCUCAGCCAGUCCGCCCUCCUCUUUCAAGGGGCCAACCAGAAAACCACUCUGCUCUCCAAGUUAAUGCACAGGCUUCUCUCAUGACUCCUCCCGUUUCUAAUCAUAAUCCGCCUUCAAAUUAUGAACUGCUUGAUUUUUCUAUGCACCAAUCACAAAGCCAAAAUCAAGCAUCUGGCCAUCCUUCCUCUCUACAUGACUCUCCACAGUCUAGUAAUGGAUUUUACCUACAGGUAACCAAAGAUGCUCAGCAAGGGGUAAGAAUAGAAGGGAAUGCCCCUAUCCAGACCCCAGCCUCUUCAUCCACCCCACAGGUACUGCCAGCACCCUCCCAAGCAGCUGCAAACACAGAGCCGCCACCAAUAGAACCUCUGAGGACAUCAGAUCCUCAGCCUGCGUUGCAGGGACAGGCUGAUGCUUCUCGUGUUCCACCUAGUGGAGCACAACCUUUCCGUGGUCAGUAUCCAGCUCCUGCACAGGGGCCUGCUGCAGGGAGUGCUCCUCCCCCUGCUGCUGCAUACCCCCCAGGGCCUCUAGGACCAGGACAUCCAGGGGCUUCCCAUCCAGCUUCUGCAGAGCCACCACGACCACCUUCAGCUGCAGGCAGCCAGCAGGGCUACGGGCCCCCUCCUCCACAGCCAGGACAGAUGUACAGUGGCUACUAUGGUUAUCAUGGGGAAUACCCGGAUAGCAGAGCACCUUAUCCUCCUGGCCAGUACCCACCACCACCUGGGGACCCUAGAGCACCACCUGGGGACCCUAGAGCACCACCUGGGGACCCUAGAGCACCACCUGGGGAUCCUAGAGCACCACUUGGGGAUCCUAGAGCACAGCAAUAUUAUCAAGAUGGUCAAUACAGGACCCAAGCUGAUCCUUGGUAUGGCAGGUAUGAUGCGCAGACCCAAGCUUAUCGGGAUCCAAAUCAGUACAGAGAGCCUCAGCCAGAGCGACCCAGCUCCAGGGCUAGUCAGUAUUCUGACAGGCCCUCAUCCAGACAAGGCUAUCCUGAAGAUUACCAGAGAGCUAACCGCAGUGCCUAUGGUGAAUAUUAUGCAGAAUACCCCAAAAACUACGAUUACAGAGGAUACAACUAUGGACAGUAUGACCCUCGAUACAGAGGAUACUAUGAUCAGGCCUACUGGGCAAAUUACGAUGAAAACUACAGAGCCAGAGAAAACUACUAUAAUCAACAAGUGUAUCCUGCCAGGAAAGAAGGCUUUGAAAACCAGUGGCAGUACUAUCCUGGCUACGAUCCCAGCUUUGAUGACGAUUACCAACGACGCGGAGAAAUUUAUGGCGAUGAGUUUGAUCGACGCAGUGUCCACAGCGAGCAGUCGGCACACAGUGUGCACAGCUCUCAAAGCCACCACAGCAGACGAAGCAGCUUCAGCUCAAGGUCGCAACAGAGCCAGGUAUACAGGAGCCAGCCUGACUUAGUGUCAGCUGCCUAUGACACCACAGCCUCCACUCUGGCUCCGGACUACUCCUAUGCACAGUACCCAAACCAAACUGAUGCCACACAGAACUACAGCCAGUACCUCUAUCCCUCAGAGUACACUGCAGACAGCACAUGGAUCAGCCCUGAGCAACCCCCCCUUCGUCCUGCAACCCCAGAGAAGUUUAGCAUACCCCACCGCUGUGCCCGCUUUGGACCUGGUGGUCACCUGGUUCAAGUUCUGCCCAAUCUCCCCUCAGCUGGACAGCCCGCUCUCGUUGAUAUUCACAACAUGGAGACAAUGCUGCAGGAUACCCCGGAUCAGGCAGAACUACGAGCCUUCCCUGGACCUCUUGUUAAGGAGGAGACCCAUAAGGUGGAUGUGAUAAAGUUCUCCCAGAACAAAGCCAUGGAGUGUUCUCGUGACAACAACCUCUUGGACAGGGACUCUGCCUGUCUGCUCUGGGACUUCAUCAUGCUGCUCUGUAGACAGAAUGGGACUGUCGUGGGCACAGACAUCGCUGACCUCUUGCUGAAAGAGCAUCGAUCUGUUUGGCUGCCGGGAAAGAGUCCGAAUCAAGCCAACCUGAUUGAUUUUAACAACGAACCACUGGCACGAGCUGAGGAAGAGCCGGGAGCCGGACCACUCUCCCUCCUUUCUGACACCUUCAUGAUGGUCCCAGAGAACGUUGGCAAAGAAACUGAGCGCUUCAGGGAGCUGCUUCUGUUUGGCCGCAAGAAGGAUGCACUAGAGGCAGCCAUGAAGGGAGGUCUCUGGGGCCAUGCCUUGUUGUUGGCCAGUAAGAUGGACAGCAGGACACAUGCACGUGUCAUGACAAGGUUUGCCAACAGUCUGCCCAUCAAUGACCCUCUGCAGACAGUGUACCAGCUGAUGUCCGGGAGGAUGCCGGCCUCAGCCACUUGCUGUGGAGAGGAGAAAUGGGGUGACUGGCGCCCUCACCUGGCCAUGGUGCUUUCCAACCUCACACAUACCAUGGACCUUGAUACCCGCACAAUCACCACCAUGGGAGACACUCUGGCUUCCAAGGGGCUGAUCGAUGCUGCACACUUCUGCUACAUGAUGGCACAAGUCAGUUUGGGAGUCUUCACAAAGAAGAGCACCAAGAUGGUUCUGAUUGGCUCCAAUCACAGUUUUCCCUUUUACCAAUUUGCAACCAACGAAGCUAUUCAGAGGACUGAGGCCUAUGAGUAUGCUCAAUCACUUGGCUCCCACCCCAGCACACUGCCCAAUUUCCAGGUGUUCAAGUUGAUCUAUGCAUGUCGUCUGGCUGAAGCAGGCCUGAGUGCUCAGGCCUUCCAUUACUGUGAAGUUAUCUCCAAGACAGUGCUCAUGGACCCUCCCUACUUCUCUCCUGUCUUUAUUAGCCAAAUCAUACAGAUGUCGGAAAAGCUGCGGUUCUUCGAUCCUCAACUGAAGGAGAAGCCUGAGCAGGAGCUGUUCAAUGAGCCUGAUUGGCUGAUUCAUCUCAGACAGUUGGAUGGACAGAUCCGGACUGGGGUGAUUACUUACAGUACAGACAGAACAACUCCUCAACAGUUCGACUGCAGCAGCCCAUCUGACUUGGACCAGCCCAGUCCACCUGAACCAUACAGCAUGCCACUGGAGGUUGAUGGCCCAACUCCUGACAACCCACUAAUGAGCUCAUUACUACCUGGGCCUCCACCACAGGGAGUACAGCUGAUGCCUCCAGCCCCUACCUCCAUUCUCCAAGAGGGGAUGGCCCCACCUCAGCAUUUACCCCCCGGUGAUGUGCCCCAUUUCUACCCAGUACCUCCCAGUGGACCACCAGGUCAGAUGUCUGUCCCAGGCUACCCUCCACAGGAUCCCGGCUUUGCCCCCCCUCCCUUCCAGCCUCAACCUGAGCAGACAGAGAUGUAUCCAGGAUCCCAUCAGCAGCCGUUUCACCCACCUCCUCAAGUGGGCCAAAUGUCACCACACAUGCUUCCUCAAGUGCCACAUUCACCUGUGCAGAUGAACCCCCCACUGCCCCAGAUGCCUCAGCACAUGCCCCCUUCCCCUGGGCAUAUGCCGCCUGUCGAGUACCCAUACCAACCCCAACCAGAGAUGCAGACUACUCAGGCAAUACCAUCCUCCCCAACCAGAAACUCCUUCACACCUCGGAUGGACUUCUAUGACCACAUGGCUCACAUGGGUCCUGGGAGAUCGAGGACUACUUCACAAUCAUCAAUGCACAUGGUUUCAGGGCGACGCUCACGCACCACCUCUGAGUCGUCCAAUCACUCUGGUGGUGGACGAGAGCGCAGAGACUCAGUUGUCAGGCAGAUCUCUCUACCGCCGCCUUCAAUUCCUGAACAGCCGCGCAAAGAAGAGGCCAAGAAAGUCAAGAAAGACCCCCCAAAACAGAGCGGUGGUGGUGGUGUUAGCUUGCUGAAGAGGUGGUUAGGGAUGGGGAAGAAUGAGGCUCACUUGCCAGAUGACAAAAACCCAUCUAUUGUGUGGGAUGAACAGAAGCAGAAAUGGGUCGACUUGAACGAGCCUGAAGAGGAGCGUAAGCCUCCUCCGCCUCCUCCCUCUGGCUUCCCCAAGAUGCCCACAAUGCCCGGCCCUGCGGGACCUCCAAACAGUGGCGGUCCGCCUGUCAAUAUGUUCUCGAGGAAGGCAGGCCCCAGGAGCAGAUAUGUGGACGUUCUGAACCCCAGUAGAUCAGCUAAACCAAGUGGAUCAGCCCCUGCUCCAGCGGACAUCUUUGCUCCUCUGGCACCGAUGGCCAUGCCUGCCAACCUAUUUGUGCCUAGUUCAGCGCCUGACGAUCAACAACCUCUAGAGGGCAGUGAAGGAGGAUAUCAGGAGCAGAAUUCACCGAACACCAGCACUGCUCCUCAGAUGUUCAACCCAACGUUGUUGCCACCUGCCCCAGAGGGAGCUCCUGUGCCUGAUGGCUCACAGUCCGGGGAGCUCUCACGUUCUAGCUCAAUGAGCUCCUUAUCACGCGAAGUGAGUCAGCAUUUAAAUCAGAGUCAUCCUCCUCAGGGAGCUGCACCCGCAGGAGGCGUCACCUUUUAUAACCCUGCACAGUUUGCACAGCCAAGUGCAGCACCAGGCGGUGGAGUUCGUCCUGGGCGGUUGACCGGUCAGCGCCAGUACCCGGUGAUGAAGUAACAUCAUCCUGCAGAGAGAUUACGUAAACGGACUUUGUUGGAUAGAGUGAUAUCCGACCUGGAAUGAAAUGAAGCACAUGGACGUACUGCUCUCUGUCUUAAGGACCUUUUUCAUUUUGCCCACGCCUUAGAAGAUCGUAAGGUGUCUCCAUCUUGUUAGUCUUCGCCAGUCUUCGUCAAACAGCUCAACCACUCUGUCGUCUCUGUUGUUCAGUAAUUGUCACUGGAGUAUUCUAAAAGGCAUGGCGUCUCCACGAAGGGCUUUUUGCUGCAUCCGAACAGAUGGCAGAACGUCGUAUCAAGGGUUUUAAUGAACAUAGAAUAGUUUCCUAGGAUGUAUUCACAAGGCAUAAUUUGAUGUACCAUCAACAUGUUUCCCCUCAAAGCGGUCUAGCUUCCCCUCAAAUACAACACAGAAUGAUCAACCCCGGUCCUGUUUUAGUUUGUGUCUUAAGUCCGAACGUCCAUGUUUGCUUGAUUGACUUUGAUGAAUAGAAAAGAAGUGGCACCUUUUUUUAAUUUCAUACUGUCACGUUGAACUCGUUUGUGCAUCUGCAGCUCUUCGUCUGCUGCAGUUUGCAGUUUGCGUGAGAAUGAUUUGUGUCUAUAGUGCGUCGUCUGCUGUGUCGUGUGCUUUCCCUCAGUCACCCUCCAGCGAAGGAAGGAUUGUUGAAUGAUCCAGGAAACGAAGACUCAAACCUGCUUCACAACCAGAGAGUUGGAGGACGUGUGCAGUGCUAGGAUGCUGCUCAUUGCAGAUAUUUAUUUAAAUGUCCUCCCGCCCAACAUCGACUCUUCAUUUUUACAGCUGAGUCAGGGGCUUUCGUCCGAGUCAGGCUACGGUUUCUCUUCCCGAGAAACUUUGACAGUAUCAACGAAAAACAGGGGGUGGUCUUCAGAAGAGGAGGAAUCUGGAUUAAACCUGCAUUUUAAUUAUCGCUUAAAUAAAAGUAAAUCUAUCCAAAUAUUUGUAUAUCAGAUUGAUUGUAUUUAUGGGCUGUAGGCAAGACGGUUUGUGUGAGUGUGUAUGUGUGUAGAGCAACUAAUUUUUUCCGAAUAGCUUUGACAAAAUGCAUUUAUGAUUGACCGGAGAUGACAUGGAUUCAUAUUCUGAUCAUUUGUAUUGGCCACUUCUGCAGACAAAUAAAUCUUUAUCUAAAUUGUGAAUCGCGAUCUAAUUGCACUCUGAAGACUUUCCUUGUCAUUUCAAUUUAUUGACGUGUUUUUCUUUUCAACUCAAAUCAUUUUUCUUCCCAAGUGUUUUGGAUCGUUGAUCUUUCGUUAUUUAAAUUUUUUUUUAGAAAUCCACUUCUGAUUUCAAAAGGUCCCCUUUUGUUUCAGAGUUCCUCGUGUUCAAUUAUUGACAAAACCGUGAAUAGAAAAAGAUGAAAACAAAAUGGUAAUAAAGGUAUUUUGUGCUCUGUAGCACCAUGGAAUAAA